AUGAGUUGGAUUUUGAAGUUACGAGUGGGAAUUAAAUCGGCUGAAAAUUAUCACAGAAAAAAUACCAGUGAUAUUGUUGAGAACGUGAAGCAAUUAACUGCAGACAUUAAAAACUCUCCUUACCACACAUUUGGAAAUCAUUCAAACUGUGCACAAUAUUUUUGUAAAAGAGAACAAAACGACAGAGAUUAUGUGACAGAAAUGAAAGAAUGCGGACUAAUGGAUGACAUUGUAUAUGCUGAUAGGGACUACGGACUUCAAUGCGAUGAUGAUAAUGAUGAUGACGAUGUUUUGGAACAAAACAAACUGAAAUUUUUGGAUAGUUUACCAAAAUCAAUAGAUGAUAUUUGUAAAAUUGAAGUAUCUACUAGAGGUCAGGCCAGUAAUGAUCUGUGGAAAGAACAUCGUAGUAAUAUGCUCACGGCCUGA